CGAAAAUCAUUGUCAUAUGCCCUUGAGCUAAACCCUGCACCCUUUCUUACCUUUUACCCUUUCAGAAUCGUCACUGCGGUGCUAUGUCCACAGAAACUCUGCCAGCCGCCGCCGUCACCGGCGGUAAUGUGACAAGAGGCACAGUGGAGAAAGCUGUUGCCGCCUUGCUCAAAUGGAAGGACGCACAAUCGAAGGAACAAGCGCCGAAGCUACUACCACAAGACGAGUUCAUCCACCUCACCAUUGCCCUCAAGAAAGUCCCUCCGAUGGCCCGAACCAAUGCUUUCCGAGUCGCCCUACCGCACCCCCUCCACGACCAAUCAUCCGAGCGCUGUCUCAUCAUCGACGACCGGUCCAAUUCCAACCUGACUUCAGCAGAAGCGAAGAAGAUAAUCAAGUCCCAGGAUGUACCCAUAAGCAAAGUCCUGAAGCUCUCAAAGCUGAGAACAGAUUACAAGGCUUAUGAGGCAAAAAGGAAACUUUGCGGUUCCUACGACGUGUUCUUGGUGGACAAGAGGAUCGUUCACUUCCUUCCGAAGCUUCUGGGAAAGAUCUUUUUCAAGAAAAAGAAGCUGCCUUUGCCUGUAGACUUGACGAAGAAGAACUGGAAGAUGCAGGUUGAGAGGGCGUGCGGGUCGGGCUUGUUUUAUCUCUCCACGGGAACCUGUAGUGUGAUGAAGGUUGGGAAGCUGUCAAUGGAGAUUGGCGAGGUUGUUGACAAUGUGUUGGAAGCCAUUAGUGGUGUUAUUGGCUUUGUUCCUAAGGGAUGGGGUGGCUUGAGGAGCUUUCACUUGAGACUAACUGGUUCUCUGGCAUUGCCUUUGUAUCAAGCACUGCCUGACUUGAAGCUCAAAAUUAUGGGGGUAAAGGAGGGUGAUGGUGAAGGCAUUCUUGAGGCUAAGGAGACUGGCAAAACCCCUGAGACAGGCAAGAAAAAGAGGAAAGGGAGGCUUAGUGCAGUGCGGUAUAUGGAUGCUGAAAUAGGUGAAAUCAAAUCAGAGAGUGAUGGUGGAGAUGCCGAGGCUAAAGAUGAAUCAGUUGUGAAGAAGGGAAAGAGAAAGAGUGUGGUUGGGGUGAAUUUCAAAGAAGAGGCUAUCAAGCCAAAGAGCAAAAGAAACAAGAAGAGUGAGUGAGUGAGUGAUCAGAAUGUGGGCUUUGCUCAAAGAUUUUGUUGUAAUGGCAGAUUCAACACCUCUCUUACUGUCAUUGUUGUUCUAUUACAGAUUUGCCUUUCCUGCUUUUAGGCUCUUAUUAUUAUUAUUAUUAUUAUUAUUAUUAUUAUUAUUAUUAUUAUUAUUAUUAUUAUUAUUAUUAUUAUUAUUAUUAUUAUUAUUAUUAUUAUUAUUAUUAUUACUAUUAUUAUUAUUAUUAUUACUAUUAUUAUUAUUAUUAUUAUCCUGUUAUUGGCUUUCAAUCUUAACUAGUAAACUCACCCGUGCGAUGCACGGUUUGAGAAUUGUCUCUCUAAAUAAGUAAAAUAAUAAGGGAGUAAAAUAUGUGAAAGUGUGUUAUGUCAUUCUUGAAUUAUACUUGAAUCUAAAUUUGCG